ACCUGUCGAGGCGGGUCUCUGCAGUGGACUCUCCUGGUCGCUCAUUGCCAAAGCGGGCGAGCCUUCAGCAGGAACCAGGAUGGAUCAGGUCAAAUACGGCGUCCAGGAAAAGCUGGAGAUCGUGGGAAUGGAGGACGAGGACGGGAACCCCGUCAGCGCUCUAAGCAUCUUGUCGCUGCUGGAGCGCGUGGCUGGCAUCAUUGAUAACGUGCAGGCAGGCCAACGCCGCAUGGAGGAUCGGCAGCUGGAGCUUGAUGACAACAUCAAGAGUGUCCAGGGGGACAUCCUCAAGCUGGCCAAGGACCACUCCGACACCAGCGGCUCCGUGGACAAACUUCUGCAGAAAACACGCAAGGUCAGCGCCAACGUCAAGGACGUGCGAGCGCGUGUGGACAAGCAGAACGUGCGUGUCAAGAAGGUGGAGAGCGCCCAGGACCAGCUGCUCACUAGGAACAAGUUCAGAGUGGUCAUCUACCAGGGGGAUGCUGAGGUUCCAUCGGUGGCCAUCACCAAGGCUCCAAAGGUGGCAGGCCUGGAGGCUUUGGAGCUGGAGGCCGACGCCUAUGACAUACCGGCUGACCUCUCCUCGGAUGAGGAGUACCUGAGCAUGGAGGAGGCGGACCCCUCUAGAGCAGCCCGCUUCAAGAAAUCCAUGGUGAAGAGCAGUGAGACCCUCAAGGCUGCCUUCUCCAAGGAGAACAUGAGCAAGACCAAAGACCAUCUGGGUACCAAGUUCCACAACCUGGGAGAGAAGGUCAUGCCCCCUGAACGGCGUGAGAAGAUGCACCAGGCCGGAGAGCGCCUCAAGCAGAGCGGAGAACGCCUCAAGGAGAACAUCGCCAAGAAAGCCCCCGCUAAAGACACCUUCCGUAUCAAGACCAAGAAGGAACGUGCUGUGGCUGAGGGCCAGGAAGGGGGCCAGGAGGGCGCCCAGCCUCCGGGGGUUGCCUACACCGAGGUGGUCUCCAACACCAAGAAGGAGGGGCAGGUGAAGGACGCCAAAGUAGAGGAUGAUUAAUAGACCAAAGUAGACCACAGGGGAGCUGGUCUGAUUGGCACCUGCUGGUGUUCUUAUUACAUCUUUCUCUUGCCUUAUUUGCAGCAUCACCGUGUCAGGACAAUAAUCAUACAAAAGUAUUAUACAAUUUAAAAGAAGCCUUUCGAGGUAACUUAGCAGACUUUUUCUGUAGCUUUUGAGGGGGGCGUCACUCUUAGAAAGGAGAGGGGAUGUGGCCAUCAUUUACAAUCCUUAUGUGAAACAUUAGCGCAUAUUUCUUUCCCUUUUCUGUGUAUUAUAACACAGGAAGUCUAGUUAAUAUGAGUGAGCCACCAAUGCAUGUCAUUGGGACACACCUAUUUUGACUAUGAAGAAAAAAAAUCACUAUCGCAAUGUAUUAUAUACGUACAUUCUGAACAAGUACAUUGAUGAUAACAUAUAAUACCUACAGUAUUUUGUCCUACGACAACGUCUGCUCUCAUUGGGAUGCCGAUUAGUGGACUAGCAUCAAUAGUAUCUUUCAGCACGAGACGUGUGCUUCCCGUUGAGCUGGUAAAUUCAAAAUAAUCUUCAGGGCAAACAAGUAUCUUGCUGAGUCUUUGUAGCGAUGUUGUUGGGUCUUGGUUGUGAGCUGGUGUCCUUCAGUCUGUCCUGUUGUUUUGUUGGUGGCUUGUGGAAUCUCAAAGUUGAACAACUAUUAUGGCUUAUUGCCACAACCUUCAACAAUACACGUCUGAGACAUGAUUUACUAUAACCUGGUGUUAACAUUUUAAAACUAACACAGAACCAGCACCAUUAGGUAGCGUAACUAGGAAGUAGCUUGAGUGAUAUAGGCUAGGGUUCAUGUACUUGGUGUUCGCUACUACAAUAACAAUAUUGCUGUAAAUAUACAGGUCAGUUAUGUCAACGCAACGCUGUUGCUGUUCUUUUUAGUUUUUUUUGUUGGGCUUAAGCAUGAAACUAGCGCUGUCCCAAUGCCGUGUAUUGUUAGCUAGCUCGUAUCAACUUUUCUUGCAUUAUAAUGCACAGAAAGGGCAAGAAAUAUGUGUUCAUUUUCAUAUAAUGGUUGUGAAUGGUAAAAAAAAAAGGUUCCCCUUUAAGUACUGUCUGUUAUUUGCUUCCUUGGCAGUGCCUCUUUGUACCCUGAUAUCACAUGGUAAGAUAAUGUAUACAAGUCCACAGCAAGAAGUGCGACAAAAUACAGCAUGCUCAAAAAUGGUGUGUGUGUGUGUGUGUGUAGCGAUGGACACUUACCACCCUCAAUAGUCGCCAUCUUGGUUUCACACCGGAAAAGGCAGGACUAACCGGACAGGUUGCAAUUCAUCAUUAAAACGGUACACGUGAACAAUGACAGUAAUCACUUUGGGACACACUACACUGUCAGAAUUCCUAUACUUGUACUGAUGCAAGUAUUCCAUUUGAGACCAGCUAAAAUACAUGUCAAUCAGUUCUUGGACAUCCCCUGGUGGUCAUGACAAAUAUGAUCAAUAAAAUGUUUCAAGUCAGACAUCUUCUUUUUUCAUCUUAUUAACGUCACCUAUAACAUUUACACUUGACAUAUGUUUUCUUUUUUAUUCAAAAAAUAAGAAAGAAAACAUUAAAAUUGACAAGCUGACCAUAUAAUGACUGCAUGAACAUUUUGUACAACAAAAAUGUAUAAACGGGAACUUUUAUUCAGCAACGUACAAAAGAGAACUUCAGUGAGUG